GGAAUAAGAAGAAUUCAGAGGAUGAAGAUGCUCUCAAUUCUCCAUUAUUGAAGCAAUUUCAACUCCAUUCAAUAACAUAAUCCUCAUCAGAAUCAGCUACAGAAAAAAAAAUCAUGUCUUGCUCCAGAUUUCUCUGCAUACUUCUGAUCCUCUCCUUACCCAUUUCCUGCUUCACACUAUCACCCCCACAAUCGGAGGUAAUCGAUGCUCUUCUCAGACGUCUCGAUUCCCAACGGUCGCCUGCUUCCGUACAGGAAUCCGCCGCCAGAGGAGUUCUUCAGAGAUUGAUUCCUAACCAUGUGUCUUCUUUCGAGUUCAAGAUCGUCUCCAAGGAGCGUUGUGGUGGAAAGAGUUGCUUUUGGAUUAUAAAUAACAAGGAUUCAAGCAAGAAGGAGACAAAGAUAAUUAUAGAGGGAACUUCAGCAGUUGAAAUCUCAUCUGGACUCCAUUGGUAUUUGAAAUAUCACUGUGGUGUGCAUAUUUCAUGGGACAAGACUGGAGGUUCUCAGAUAGCUUCUCUACUCAAGAAAGGAUCUAUUCUGCCUCUUGUCCCGAAAGGAGGAGUGAAGAUUCAACGCCCAGUUCCAUGGAAUUACUAUCAAAAUGUCGUAACAUCUAGCUAUUCCUAUGUGUGGUGGGAUUGGAAAAGAUGGGAGAAAGAAAUAGAUUGGAUGGCACUUCAAGGGGUGAAUCUACCUUUAGCAUUUACGGGCCAAGAAUCAAUCUGGCAAAAAGUUUUCUUUGAUUACAAUAUUACCAUGGAAAAUAUGAAUGAUUUUUUUGGCGGACCUGCUUUCCUUGCCUGGGCUCGAAUGGGAAAUCUUCAUGCGUGGGGUGGACCUCUAUCACAAAACUGGUUGGAUCAACAAUUACUGUUGCAGAAAAAAAUAUUGUCAAGGAUGAUAGAAUUAGGCAUGACUCCAGUAUUACCAUCUUUCUCCGGAAAUGUUCCAUCUGCGUUAAAGGAGAUUUUCCCUUCUGCUAAAAUAACAAGACUUGGAGACUGGAACACUGUUGAUGGUGAUCCUCAAUUUUGUUGCACCUACCUUCUAGAUCCUUCGGAUCCUCUCUUUGAGGAGAUUGGAGAAUCUUUCAUCAAGCAACAAAUUAGAGAAUAUGGAGAUAUAACUGAUAUCUACAACUGUGACACGUUCAAUGAGAACACUCCGCCUACACAUGAUCCAUCAUAUAUCUCUUCCCUUGGAGCAGCAGUGUAUAGAGCAAUGUCAAAGGCAGAUAAGAAUGCAGUUUGGCUAAUGCAAGGUUGGCUGUUCUCCUCGGAUUCUGAUUUCUGGAAACCGCCACAAAUGGAAGCUCUCCUAAAUUCAGUUCCAUUUGGGAAAAUGAUAGUUCUUGAUUUAUUUGCUGAAGUUAGACCGAUGUGGAAGAAAUCCUCCCAAUUCUAUGGCACUCCUUAUAUCUGGUGUAUGUUGCACAACUUUGGUGGGAAUAUUGAGAUGUAUGGGACACUAGAUAUAGUUGGUUCAGGUCCAGUUGAUGCACGACUAAGUGAUAAUUCAACGAUGGUAGGCGUCGGUAUGUGUAUGGAAGGGAUAGAGCAGAACCCAGUUGUAUAUGAGUUAAUGUCUGAAAUGGGCUUCCGAGAACAAAGAGUCAUAGUUAAGGAAUGGCUUAAAGUCUAUCUUGGUAGGCGUUAUGGUAAAUCGGUUCAUCAAGUUGAGACAGCUUGGGAGAUUCUUCAUCGUACGAUUUACAAUUGUACUGACGGAAUUCAGGACCAUAACACAGAUUUCAUAGUGAAAUUACCAGACUGGGAUCCAUCUCCAGAGAUGGUAACUGAAAUUCCAAAGCUUAAACGGAAGAAAUUCUUUUUGCUUGAAGAAGUUGAAGUGCGUUCUUCUUUACCCAAGGCCCAUUUAUGGUAUUCUACAGAAGAUGUCAUCAAAGCAUUAGGUCUACUUCUUGAUGGAGCUGGUGAUCUUCAUGGAAGCCUAACAUACAGGUAUGACUUGGUCGAUUUGACAAGACAGACGCUAUCAAAGCUAGCCAACGAGGUAUAUUUGAAAGCCAUGAUAGCCUUCCAAGAAAAAAACUCUACAGCUUUGUCUUUUCAUAGUGGGAGAUUUCUAGAACUGAUCAAGGACAUUGAUGAAGUUCUUGCUGCCGAUGAUAACUACCUCCUUGGAACAUGGCUAGAAAGUGCAAAAGAGCUAGCCUUGAAUCCAACAGAGAAGAACCAGUAUGAAUGGAAUGCUAGAACUCAAGUAACAAUGUGGUAUGACACUACACAAUCCGCCCAAAGUCAACUUCACGAUUAUGCGAACAAGUUCUGGAGUGGACUCUUAGAGGAUUAUUACUUGCCACGGGCUUCAAUGUAUUUCGCCCAUUUGUCGAAAAGUUUGAGGAGGAAGGAGAAGUUUGAGAUAAAGGAAUGGAGAAAAGAAUGGAUAGCUUAUUCAAGGAAAUGGCAAAGAAGUUCAAAACUUUAUCCUAUUAAAGGUCAUGGGAAUGCCCUUGUCAUUGCCAAAACAUUGAAUGAUAAAUAUUUUUUUGAAUAAGAGUGACAUCUAACAAACAUUAGGGUUUCGAUGAUGUCUAUAGCGUGGUAUUCUCAGUUACAUAAUUGAAAUCAAAUGAAAUGUUUGAUUGUUUUGUUGAUGAACCUUUGACAUGCAACAAUAAUCCUUAGUUCAUAU